AUCGUUAAAUUAGCUAAAUGUACUGUAAAUAUCUACAAAUAACAUAGAACAUAGGCUAUAACAUAGAAAUAAACGUUUGUCAUUAAAGAAAACAGAGAGGCGGGGCGCAUGUAGUUUCCUUGGUAGCCACAUAAACAGGAAUCCGAUUCCGAGGAAGGACUUGCAUCAUUGCUUUCUUAAGCGCACGCUCCCCCGGGUAGCGCCCUGUCGCCAUGGCGAAAGAUCCGCUCGCGGAAGCCGGUCUUCAUUUCGAUGAGCUCAACAAGCUGCGGGUGCUGGAGCCGGAGGCGGCGCAGAAAACCGCCGGGCUGAAGGAGGAGUGCAAGGAGUUUGUUGACAAAAUUGGGCACUUCCAGAGGAUUGUGGGUGAUCUCAUUGAGCUGGUGGAUGCGCUGGCAAAGGAGGCUGAGUUGGAGAAGAUGAAGGCCAUAGGAGCGCGGAACCUGCUGAAGUCCGUGGCCAAGCAGAGGGAGAGCCAGCAGCAGCAGCUUCACGCGCUGAUCGCAGAGAAGAAGAUGCAGCUGGAGAGGUACAGGAUCGAGUAUGAUGCGCUUUCCAAGGUGGAGGCGGAGCAGAGCGAGUUCAUUGAUCAGUUCAUUCUGCAGAAGUGAGCAGCUGUGCAGGGAGGCGGGGCCUGUCUGAACGUGGGCGGAGCCUGUCGGACCAGGUACCAUGGGUACGAACUACCAAGGAAAAUAUGUCCUGUCAACUCAACGUACUGCCUCCUGUUUUAAUAUGCACCGUGCUCCUGAGCACGGGCUGCGUCCAACAUGGCUUACGCGGCCAAUAUUGAGAUUUUAAGUCAGGGAUGCACAACUCCGGUCCUGGAGGGCUGGUCUACAAGCUGUUUUUUUGUUUGUUCCAACCAAUUACCUUAAUUUAUUUUUCUGACAGCUCUAGAAAUUGUGUUGGUUCACUCCUGCACUUAAAGGGACAAUAGGUAAGAUUUUUGUGUUAAAACUUUGUUACAAUUAUUUGUUACAACCAUUGUAAAUCCCUUCCUGCCAUUGAAAAAGGGUCACUGACAUGUUGACUCACCCUCUGCCUGUGUUUAUAGUGCUUAAAUUCGGGUUUCAAAAGAGGCAGUUGAUGGGUCGGCACUCUGUACCUCUGAACAUUGUACAGCUGUACAAUAAUUCAAGCUCAUUGGUUGAAAAUUUGUUCUAAUUGCCACAGCCAAUGGCGUGGGGCCUUAUUCUGAUUGUUUGCGUGUAGCUGCCCAAAUUGCACUACAGACAAGUGAUCACUGAAACUACAGCUUAUUAUCCAAGCGAAGACUACAUAUAUAGUUAUAAAACAAUACCAGUUUGCUAUCGACCGAAAAUCAAGAUAACGUUAAUUAGGCAAAUGGAAUGUCCUUGCUCCUUCAAACUUCAGCUCGAAGCCACAUCAGUUACAGGCAUGAAAGAUGGGGAGAGGUGGAUCCACAGGUCGAUCAUUUAUACGUCAGGCUUGCGCAAAGGAUGCACUGAUGUUUUCCUGCUCAAAGGAAAGACUGGGAGUUCCUAGAAGGAACAUUUAAGGGUUUGGAAUGUCCUUACAGAUGGCAGAUCUUGAUUGAUUUCCGGGUCCGGAGCAGGGAAAAAUGUGAAGAAAAAUAAGUGAUUGGGAUGAGCCCCGUCUGUGGAGGCUUUGAGAUGUUUAAGACUGGGAGUGCUAGGGAAUGUACUUGGGACUGUGCUGUACACAUUGUGAAUUUAGAAAAAAUCUAUUUAUCUAUGAAAUUUUGUGUUAUUUAUAUACUAUUUAUAUUGUUACUCUGUAUAGAUAGUUUUAUCAAAUGUUCUAUUUUGUAAUGAAAUAGUCGUGUAUGGCUGUAAAUAUUGAUGGAAUCUUUUGAGUGUUUAAAGUUCAUGCGGUUGUAUUGUACUCUCUGGCACGUGGUCGUGGUCUCAUUUGAUGAUGUGUUUUCCAUUCCACUGUCACAGAGGAUAUCCCAAAUAAAUUCUGACGAUGUUACUGACACACAU